GCAUGACAAUGUAUCUGACAACCAUUUUUGUGGGAUCACUCUGCCUAGUAUGCGGUGUACAUGGAUUAACUAAAGGAGGAGCCAACGUCUGUGAGAAAAAUGUUGCGACAAUAAAAACUUCAUUGAAGUAUGUGGCCACACCAUACGAGACAUGUCAGAGAACGUGGUGUCUUAGUUUACUGGAUUUAUUUAGAUGUGAUAAAUGCAUAACACGGUAUAAAGCUGAACAGAAAACUGAAGAAUCUAAGAUUUACACCACAGAAUAUGUUUGUUGUUCAGGGUACAUACUCAAAAGAGACAAAUGCCGGCCUGUUUGCAGUAGUGGUUGUGAACAUGGCGAGUGCGUAUCACCUAACGAGUGUAAAUGUCACCCUGGCUGGAGGGGACAUUCAUGUUCUAGUAGUUGCAGUGAUAGUGAAUGGGGAGGUAACUGUAAUUUGAGAUGUAAUUGUAACGGACACGGAUCAUGUGACCCACAGACUGGACAUUGUAUAUGUGCCGCAGGAUGGACAGGAGAGAGAUGUCAGACCCCCUGCAGUGAAGGAACCUAUGGACCAAACUGUCGUUUAAUGUGUCAUUGUCGUAAUGGAGCUACCUGUGAUAGGACAAAUGGAGCGUGCUAUUGUUCAACAGGGUUCAAAGGGUCAUUUUGUGAAGUUAAUUGUCCUGACGGUACUCAUGGAUCAAAGUGUCAGUCCAAAUGUUUAUGUCAGAAUGGUGCUACAUGUGAUUCAGCUGGUCAAUGUAAAUGUCCAAGAGGCUGGACUGGAUCGAUUUGUUCAGAGCCAUGCCCAGGAGGAAUGUGGGGUGGAAACUGUAAAGCUCAGUGUAGAUGUUACAAUGGAGCUACAUGUGACAGGAUCACAGGACAAUGUACAUGUGCUCCAGGAUAUAAAGGAGAAAGUUGUACUAUUCAGUGCCCUGAAGGAACAUUUGGACCAUACUGUUCUCAGACGUGUUCCUGUAAAAAUGGAGGAACAUGUGAAGCAGUAAAAGGAACAUGUAUCUGUCCUGUGGGUUAUACUGGGAUAGACUGUACUGAAAGUAAUUGUCCAUCUUUUAAGUACGGAGAGAAGUGUCAAAAGGAUUGUAAAUGUAACAGAAAAACUACAGAUCAGUGUGACCCAGGGAAUGGGAAGUGUAGUAAAUGUUCCAGUGGAUGGACUGGUCCCCUGUGUAAUGAGACUUGCCCAGCUCCAUACUAUGGUGAUGGAUGUCAGAAGAUCUGUUAUUGUAAGAAUGGUGGACUUUGUAAUCAUAAAACUGGAGUUUGUCAAUGUCAAGCUGGUUACACAGGACAAUAUUGUGGAACUAAAUGUACCAAGGGAAAGUUUGGUUUAGGAUGUCAACAGACUUGUCUUUGUCAGAACAAUGCUGAGUGUGUACCUGAGAAUGGAUUCUGUAUUUGUUCACCAGGUUGGAAAGGAUUGACCUGUGAAUCCCAAUGUCCAAAGGGUUUAUAUGGUAAAGAUUGUCAAUCUAAAUGUAAAUGUCAAAAUGGUGGAUAUUGUUACCCAGCAACAGGUCACUGCACAUGUCCUCCUGGUUUCUAUGGUGAUUCCUGUGAAAAAAACUGCCCUCAAUGGAUGUUUGGUUAUGUUUGUGGACAGAAAUGUUCCUGUGAGAAACAGAACUCUUUGUCAUGUGAAGCAGGAACUGGACGAUGUGUUUGUAAAUCAGGGUGGCACGGCGUCCAUUGUGACAGUAAAUGUCCACAGAGCAGAUGGGGUGAAAGUUGUCAGAAGUUUUGUGAUUGUGGAAUAGAUGGGUCAUGUGACCCAGUGACUGGAAAAUGUCAUUGUCAACCUGGCUAUACAGGAUCUCAUUGUUCUAAAGUCUGUCCGGCUGGAACCUUUGGUAACUUAUGUGAACAAAAAUGUACAUGGUGUGAUGAAGGACAAUUCUGUGACCAUAUCACUGGUCAGUGUCUGGCCAUUACCUGUCCACCUGGUUAUACUGGACAUACCUGUCAGAAGGUUUGUCCCAAAGGAACAUCUGGAGUAGACUGUUUAGACAAAUGUCCUACGUGUGACAAUGGAGGGUUAUGUGAUUAUAAAUCAGGGAAGUGUAUCUGUUUACCUGGCUUUAGAGGAGAUUUCUGUCAAGCUGAGUGUCCAAAGUCCAAAUAUGGUAUAGGAUGUAAAACCACAUGUAACUGUGAGAACCAAGCAUACUGUCGACCAAGUGAUGGCUUCUGUAAAUGUUUACCUGGCUACAUGGGAGUCACAUGUUCUCAAACCUGCACUACUGGGUAUUAUGGAGAAAACUGCGCAAAGCAAUGUCAAUGUACUGACAAACAGGAAUGUAACCCGGUGUAUGGGUGUAUAGGAAGAGAUGCAGUAGGACAUAUCAUUUCACCUUCUGAGACGGCCCCUCAAGAAUCAGAUCCAGCUGUUGCCAUAGUGACAGUAAUGAUUGUGUUGUUUCUAUUGGUCGUAUUGUUUGUAGGAGUUUACAUGUACAGGAGAAUGAGCAGAUUGAAAAAAGAGAAUGAAAUCCUGAACUCUGUUCACUUCUCUAGUUCACAAUCCGAGAUAUCAGGAAUAAAUAAUCCAAACUUCACAACAUCAGCAUCAACAGACGGUUGCCAUAACAACUGUACAGAUAGACCCACUUCCUGUACGUCUGUAGCUGAAGGCGUUGACGAUCGGUAUACCACCAUUAAAAAUAUAAAUGCUGAUUUUGGAAAUCCAAACCUUUCUAAUGUUGCCGUGGUUGCAGAAGACAAUGGUUAUGAAGAAUUUGUUCCUAGUAAAAAAGAUUUUCUGUUUAAAGAGAAGUUGAACGUAAACUUGAACAACUUGAGUCCCGAUAAAUCUGACACUGGACAUGAUUAUGACAAUGUCUCUGUUGAUUCCAUAGAUUCCAUAGAAGAAGAAAAGAAGAGAAACAAUAUGAAGUGAUAUGUCAGAUUUGUUUGUUGAUGGGUACCAGUAUAAGUGCUAUAUAAACCAGUCUUCCACGUGGAUGUUCUGUCUCAAUGUUAAUCAUUGUAUGCAUUAACAAUGACCUUUUUAUUUUUCAACUUGUUAAUUUGCUAUUUUAUGUAUGAUUAUAAUAGCUGACAGAUAUUGUUAACUGAAGAAGGCCAAUGGCCGAAACGUCUUAAAAA